AUGUUCAUUUACAUCUGCGACAAUAAGCACACAACCCCCCGACUCUUCACCCGUUACCCAGUCUCCGUAUGGGGCCUGUGGUUCGCCGUACCCCUUCUCGCCGUCGCCUGCAUCUCCGAAAUAGCCCUCAAACUCGCCGCUCCUAGGGAAAGCAUGUUAGAUGAUUACAUCUCUGAAAGCUGGGUACGGUUCGGCCCGCAAGAGGAGAUAGAGCCAAAGAUGGAACUGUGGCCCUCGUCAAUAACGCAGCAGGAGCUCGUGUUUCAGGUCGUUGCCGCGGGCAUCGCGCUGUUUGAGGCUGUCAUGUUAGCGUUUUUCGUUGCGCGUGUUGUGUGGAGGAAGCCGUUCAACAUGCCGUUCAAAGGAAGAAUCGCCCUCCUCAUCGCCAUGGCCCUCAGCGAACUCCUCGCCCUCACCUCCAUGAUCUUCAUCUUCGUCCUCAACCACAAAUCCGCACGAUUCGACGAAGCCUACGCAUUCCAAGAGGCGAGCAGAGCCGACAAAACCUUCGUCUACGACAAGGGCACCUUCACGACGGAGAUGUGGGCGUGCUCGGUGAAGAGGAUGCACACGUUCGACGCCAGGUUCAGGGGCUUGCCGUCGCAGGCGUGUCGGUACGAGAUGGCGGCCAAGUGGUUGACGGUGGCGAUUGCGGCGUUGCUUCUUUUGGUGUUUGAGCUUGUUUUUAGGGAUCGGGUGGAUGGACGGGGGCUUUUUGCUGUUCCUCGGUUUGGGGCCAGCGCUAGGCCCGGCGGUGCUGCUCCCGAUGGUCUCAACGCUGCGCCUGCCACUGCCAUCCGUUCUACGGAAGACGACGUAGUGAGGCUCGAGCCUCUUUCCGACACUCUCCUCGACUCCAACUAG